CCAAUUUAUAGGGCACCAGAAUGAGCACUAAAAAGUCUCCUGAGGAACUGAAGAGGAUUUUUGAAAAAUAUGCAGCCAAAGAAGGUGAUCCAGACCAGUUGUCAAAGGAUGAACUGAAGCUAUUAAUUCAGGCUGAAUUCCCCAGUUUACUCAAAGGUCCAAACACUCUAGAUGAUCUCUUUCAAGAACUGGACAAGAAUGGAGAUGGAGAAGUUAGUUUUGAAGAAUUCCAAGUAUUAGUAAAACAGAUAUCCCAGUGAAGGAGAAAACUAAAUAGAACCCUGAGCACUGAAGGAAGAGCACCUGUGCUGUGGUUUUAUCCUAUGUGGAAUCCCCCAAAGUCUCUGGUUUAAUUAUUUGCAAUUAUAAUGAUCUGGCUGUGAGGUUCAGUUAUUAUUAAUAAAGAAAUUA